AUGUAUCAACUUGGAUCAUCACAUCGUAUUGAUAUUACAGCUCAGUUUGAGAAUGUAUUCCGUAGACACAAACGGUUAUUUGUGUUUGAUAUGGACUCUACACUUAUUCAACAAGAGGUUAUUGACGAAAUAGCCAGACACGCUGGUAUUGUGGACCAAGUGUCUCGAAUCACCGAGUCGGCAAUGCGUGGCGAAAUUGAUUUUAGAGACUCUUUACAACAAAGAGUCUUGCUACUCAAAGGACAUCCAGCAUCUAUACUAGAUGAAAUUCGCUCCUCGAUUGUAUUUUCUCCUGGUGUAAAAGAUCUUUGUGUUGCGCUCAAGCGACUUGGGUGUAAGCUUGCGGUGAUCUCUGGUGGAUUCCUCCCGUUAGCACGAUAUGUUCAGGCGGAACUGCGUCUGGACUACGCCUUUGCAAACAAUCUCAAAGUUACUGACGAUGGUAAGCAUUUUGCCGGAUCCACCUCUGGUCCUGUCGUAGAUGCUUCCAGAAAAGCAGAGCUGUUGACUGUGAUUGCCCAAGCAGAAUUGAUCGACCAUAUGGAUCAGGUUGUUGCUGUUGGAGAUGGGGCAAAUGAUCUUCAAAUGAUGACAGCAGCAGGAUUGGGAAUCGCAUAUAAUGCUAAACCCAAGGUUCAGCAACAGGCAGAUGCAAGAAUCAAUCAGCCCAGCAUGCUCCAUGUGCUGUAUUUAAUGGGAUUACAGUGGAAAGAGAUUCAAGAUUUACUACAAAUGAAUUGA